CUUUUUUCCGUUUUCCCCAGCGACUAACCACCUCAAGAAUAAUUAUCCAAAGAGGGUCCAGGAUGAUGCUGCAUAUGCAUGACUUGCCUCAACCCGAGAAAAUCAACAAUCUCGAUUCUGGGGUUGCAUGAUUAGGGCUCGUCUCCAGAUGACGUCUCGUUUUCAAACUAUGUACCACCCCAGCCCCCCUGUCCGUUUUAAAUUCCAUCGGGCCGAAUUGAUUGAAUAUUGGACCCAACGAUUCUGCCUAUCAACUGGGUCUGGCUAUGGAUUGAACAUGUCAGAGUUUGGGAGUCGGUCCCCACCAGCCUUGCCCCAUUGUUUGGCAACUGGCGCCCGAAACCCGUUGAUGCCCAAUACCCGCAUGGCGACCAGCAAUUGGUUUCGCUUCGGUUCAGAAUGGAAUCUUCGUUGUUCCCUGGCGCGUCGAUCAGCAUUACGCUUGGCUGGAGCUGACUGGUCUUUUCAAGGGUGAGAUAGGUAGGAUUCUAGGAUGGGGAACCAGCAUCCACACUAAGGUUCGGUCCGCAGUGGUCUUUUUCCAUGGCGAGAACCGUGUGGAUGGGCGAGUCGAACUAGUUGGCGGGUUUGGAAACGCACUGUUCUUUUUUUUGACCCUACUGUCUUUUGCCCAUCCACACAAUCCCCCCUUAUAGUUGGGUGCAUUUAAUAUUCACUUCUGUGACUUUUUCGCUUUUUCCCCUCUCUUUUCUAUUUUUUAACACUGGUUGUACUGUACACAAUAUCCCGUCGGAUUCCAUCCCAUCCCUCCAGACUCUAGAAUUGAGAUCUGGACUUGCCCAAAAGCGUCUGUGUGCUGGGACAGGCUGCCUCACUUUCGCGUAUCACCCGCAUUUGUGCCCACUUGGCCAAGUGAACUUGAAAAGAUCAGAUCAACUGAUUCUCUGCCCGAUACUCCUCGCUCGGGGCGCCUGGAUUCGAUUAUUUCCUGACAUCCGAGAAUUCGGGGUCUCUAGUUCUACGCUACCCUGUGUAGACCUGUUUUGGGCUAUAUCUCGAGGCACUGCCGGGGCAACUUGCAAAUGUACAGUGCAGAGCAGAGAAGCCCCAUCUAUCAGCCGACUGGAACAUUCACUUGACUCAUUCCUGCUCGAGAUCAUUCAUUGAUCCUAUUGGGAACACGUCUUCUUCCUAUUCUUUUACCAUCCGACUGCCUCGGGCACGCAUCAUUCAACCGUGAUGGGUCUGGGUGGCAAGAAGGCCAAAGCCAAGGAGAAGAAUGGCAAGGCCGGAGCAAAGCUGAAGAUUAAGAAGGCGAAGAGUCCCGAAGUUGCUGCAGUUUCGGAGCCUACCGAAGCCAUCGAGACAAUCGAAGACCAGACGACAAUCGAAGACCAGACGACAAUUGAAUCCCCUGCGCCUGCCAGUCCAGAGCUUGUGCUACAAGAUCCAGAAUCAAACCACCCAUCUGGACCAGCAGUUGAGCCAGCAAUUGAACCAGUACUUGAACCAGUACUUGAACCGGUGCUUGAACCAGUGCUUGAACCAGUGCUUGAACCAGUGCUUGAGCCGGUGCUUGAACCAGCAGUUGAAAUAGCAGUUGAACCUGUGCUUCAACAAUCCAUUUCGAUCGAAGAUUUCCUGGAGAAGGAGGCUGAUUCGGCACCCUCUUCACCUUCGCCUUCGCCUUCAGCGCCUGUAGCGCCCCUAGAACCUCCAGCAACCCUUGACAACGAGGAAGCACAUGACGAACGACCAUCUGAACCUUUGAAUGAACAUCAAGCUGAAGACGACCACUUUCGCGAUCACCUCAACGGCCCUCGCGUUCAUCGUCGUGAUAGCCGUCGCGCCAAAAAGGUCAAGAAAUAUCUUGACGACUAUAACGACGAGCAAGCGUCUCUUCCAACGACUCGCAGAGGCACGCCCGAGCCUCAAUCCGUCGCUGAUCCAAGGUACUCGACUUAUGAAGAGGCCUAUCCUCACUAUCCGGCCUACCCGACAUAUCCGACAGAGUACCCAGAUAGGCAUCUUGUUGCAUCACCUUUUGCCCCCUUCUCACCUACACCGGCACUGGUGCCUCUUCCAUCUCCAUCGUUGACCGAAGCACGGUUUAUGUCAAGUGCCUCUCCUGAGGCCCAUUACUAUCCCUAUCAUCCACCUCCUCCCCUUCCAUACUCACCGUACGCGGUGCCUGCAUACUCUACACCGUACUACCACUCCCCCGUUCCAAAAGUCAGUAGUCCACUGGCUCGUUCUCAUUAUUCUUACGUGUCGCCCACUAUGUCACCCACCGCCACCCCUCCUCCUCCACCUGCAGCUCCAGCAGCUCCGGCUGCCUCAACACCUGCAAUGCCGCCUCCUCCUUCAGUAGCAGGAAGCUAUUCGACGGCUCUUCACUCUCCCGUCAUGAGCUCAGCCGGUAUGAUCCCGCCUUAUGGCGCGUAUACUCCUCAGCCACUAGAUGGCCACUAUAUGCAUCGGAGCUAUAGUGUCUCUGACCAGCCUUACGCCGCAUCAUUCCAAGCCAUUCAAAACCUCGGUCUGAAUAAUGGCCAAGUGAAUGAGAAUGGAACCAUCUCCCCACCCGAAAAUGAUCAGGAACAUAUCGAACUGCUUCACCGGAUUCAAUCAGCUAUCCCUGACAUCAACCGUCUUCUCCAUGGGUUCCGUCACACCCAUACCAGACUUAGUAGCCGCGAGGCCGAGAUGAAGCAGAUUGGCAACCAACAUGAGCAAGCCCUCAUGCACAAGGACUUCUACAUUGAAGCGCUGCAGUCUCAAAUGAAGAAGACCGCUAGCGAGAGUGCCGAGGAAUGCGCCAAGCUCAAGAAUACCAUCAAUGAGCUGCGUCUAGAACUAGGUGAUCUGCAGGAGAAGCAGAAAGAUCUUGAAGAUGGCCUAGCUGGCCAUCAAAAGUCCAAUGAGGAGCUUUCACAGAGCAAGUCCGAGCUCGAGGCGGAGAUUGAAAAGCUGAAGGCGAGCAUCAAGGAGGCUCAGGAGACGCAUCAGAAAGAGCUCGAGACACAGAAGGAAGAUCAUGCAAAGGCCUUGACCACGCAGAAGCAAGAACUGACCGAACUCUUCGAGGAGAUCAAAAAUGAGGAUGAGAAGGCCGCCGCAGAGACGCUGGAAGCGCGGGAGAAGGACCUGCAAUACCAGCACGAGUCAGCCAAGGAGGAAUGGGCGAAGGAGAAGAAGCUGAUGGAAGAUACACUGGAGACUCAGCGCGGUGAACUGGAUGCUACCAAGUCCGAGCUUGCCUCCAAAAUUGCCACUCUAGAGACCAAGGAGAGCGAGCUGGAGACACGGUUGGCUGAGCUCAACACCACCCGCGAAGAGGUCGCUACCAAGGUUGCCGAACUAGAAGCGAAGGAGAAGGAGUUGGAGGAAACCCGCCAAAAGAAUGCCCAAGAACUGGAGGCUCUUUCGCAGGGCCAUGCCGGUGAACAAGAUACCCUUCGAUCCGGCCACUCCGUCGAACUCGACACUCUCCGUCAGACUCACAGCGAGCAACUCGCCGCUGCCGCAAAAGACCUCAACGAGAAGAUUGCUGCCAUUGAAGCGAGCUUCCUCGAGCAAGAGAAGCACUGGGAGGCAGAACGAGCUGCGCUGCAGAAGCUGCUGGCCGAAAAGGAUGAGGAGUUGAACAGUGCUGAACGCGAGAAGGAUAAGCUGGAGGGUCAUGGGUUGAUCAAGGAGCAGCAGCUCCAACGCGCGGUGGAGGAGAUGAAAUCCACGAUCGACCAUUUGGAUCAAGACUGUGAUCGACUGCGCAGGACGCUGAUGAGUCUCGGUGAGGCGACUGACCUGAAGACGACCAAGGGCGAUCAAUUCUUUGUGGACUGCUUCACCCAACUCUCCUCUCUGAUCGCCACCCUCUCCCACGAACAUUUCGCUUACCUCCCCAUCGACCCACCAAAAGACAUUCUCUCCAAGAUUCCCUCCGAACUCCCUUCCUUCCUCGACAACACCCCUCCAUCUCGAGUCCUUCGCGCCGCUUACAUCCAACACGUCGUCUCCAAAACCAUCACCUAUCGCGUCUUCCAACCCUUCCUCUUCACCCUCGGCCGCCGCUACGACAAAGCAGAUACCUUCUUCCAGAUGCUCUCCAUGGAUAUCCGCCGCAAAUCCGUCCGCCGUGAAGCGUUCUGGCGUCAGCAAACCCUGAAAGCGGCAUACACCACCUCCGACGCCAAACAAUCCAUCAACGUCGCCGCUGCCGUCAUCGUCGAUGAGAUUAUCGAUCACAUUCGUCAUUUCGCCGAUCCCCGUCAACUCGAUUCCCUACUCACCGCAGUCCGGAAAAUCGUCAAACUCGCCGCCGAGACAUGGCGCCAUGCCCGCGUCGAGCGUGAGCUCGUGCUAGCCUCCUUCCCAGCCCCGGACGCAGAAGCCAUCGACAACGAGGGCUGGAACGAGUACGCUGCCGCUCCCAAGGAAGAAUGUGCCGGCCCUAAACCGGAACAUAGUCGACACGUCGUGCUCCGCACGUUCCCGCGAGUCCUCCGCGAAGCAGCACACGAGGAUUUCGCAGUCGGUCCGGAUCGCGCAACCUCUUGCGUGUAUUCAUGCGGUGAGGUGUUGUACUCGGAUUCCCCGGUGAUCAUGGCUCGGUUGCAGGAGUUGGUGAAGAAGGCACCUGAGCCGGUGGCUGUGGUAGAGGAGGAGACGAAGGAGAAGGUUGAGGCGGUUCCGCUUGCUCCGCUUUCACCACCGAAUACACCCAAGCAAGACCAGGAGGCGGAGGUGAAAGUUGAACCGGUCAGUAUAUCUGAGCCGGUUGUGGCGGUGCGGAGCUCGACUCCAGUUUCUGUGAAGAGUCCUCCUCCUGUGAGGAGCGCGACGCCCGUGCGAAGUCCAACGCCGGUGCGGAGUCCGACGCCGGUCAAGAUCACCGCAUCUUCGUCGGUGCCUGAGAGUCCGAGGGGCAAGGGUCAGCCAUUUAAGGUGUGAGGUUGUGAAGAUUGAAGGACUUUGUUUUUGACUGAUUUUAUCUUUUGCUUUUUAUGUUGCUUUUUUGUUUUUUCUGAUUCAUGUCGUUAGCGUUCAAGCUGGAUGCGCAAGCUUUAUAUCUCCGUGUUGUCUCUUAGAUUGAUUUUCUUGUUCUUGUUGAUGUUAUUAGCGUUGAUGUUGGGAUUUGAUUAGCGCCAAGACGUUGGAUAUGCGAAUGUUUUUCGUUUCUUUAUAUUCUUUUCUUUGGUCUUUACAUUUAGCGUUGAGUUAGGUUGAAGGGCUCAUGUAUGGUCAAUGCAUUAGUUAGUUAUUUCGAUAUAGUUGAAUCAGCUACGGCGAGUUACAGCAACCCAUCCGUCC